AUGGCGACUACAACAACAACAAUUCAGUCGGAAAGUGCCCAGACACUUAUGGAAGAAAUAGUACCGACGAAUAGCGCCAUAAACCUCAAGAAAUCUGCAAAGGAAAAAGGUGAACAUGUUUGCAAGAACGUACAACGGUAUUAUAAAAGGCAGGAGGAAUUACAGAGCAUGCUUGCAGAUGAUAACGAUAAUAAUGAUGAGAUGAACAAGGGAGAUGAUUCCAAGUUGGCUGCAAGAGCGGCCAAAAUUAGCCUGGCUUGUAAUGUUGUGUUACUGAUUGCUAAAUUAGUUGCAUCUGUGCUGUCAGGGUCGUUAUCCAUAAUAUCAAGUGUGGUCGACAGUGCCGUAGACCUACUUUCUGGCUUGGUUAUAUGGCUAACGAACCGAUCCAUACGUAUGACCAAUUUUUAUGAAUAUCCGGUCGGCAAAACUCGACUAGAACCAUUGGCAAUUACUGUGCUAUCAGUCAUUAUGGCUAUUGCUUCAUUACAAAUAAUCAUCGAAUCUGCACAAUCCUUGGUAAACAAUUCUGGUGACCCUGACAUGUCCAUACCGACUGUAAUAAUUAUAUGUGGUACUAUUGUAACAAAAAUACUGUUGUUCAUUUACUGUCGGCGAUACAAAUCACCAUCAACUGAUGUGCUAACACAAGACCACCGAAAUGAUAUUAUUUCCAAUGCAGUUGCCUUAGCAUUUGGUUAUAUUGGUUAUAAAUUAUGGAAACCUGGCGACGCAGUGGGUGCAAUACUGAUCAGUGUGUACAUUGCAUAUGGAUGGUUUGGCGUGGGUUGGGAUCAGGUUAAGGCUCUUUCUGGUUUGACGGCUACACCAGAACUCCUAACGAAGCUUUUACAAGUUUGCUGUAAUUUUGACCAUAGGAUUCAAUCCAUUGACACGCUAAGGGCAUACCAUUUUGGAAACAAUUUGAUUGUCGAAGCCCAUAUUGUUCUCCCACCAGAUAUUACAUUGAAAGAGGCACAUGAUAUAGGGGAACCAUUGCAAAAGAAACUUGAAAAUUUCAGUUUUGUUGAACGAGCAUUUGUGCAUAUCGAUUAUGACUCAGAGCAUCGUCCUGAACAUGAGCAUGCUGGAAGAAUUGAUUCUUAG